AUGGCUGCUGUUGCCUCCCCCAUCUUGAAGGAUGCCUUCUCCAAGGCCACAGAUAUUGGCGAUAUUGUCCAAGACUUCGAUUUCUCUAAGGUGCUUCAAGUCGGGAUGUCCUUAGUUUGGGCAAUGACUAACCACGGGCUACAGAUGAGCGUGAACGAUACCAAGUCUGCAGACUACCUUCAGACUAAGCUGGCACCCUCUUAUGGCAACCUCUCCGGUAGCGUCCUUGAAAAAAUGGACGAUGACCUCAAGAUUAUGAUUGCAGGAACUAUGAAGUCAUUGGCUGCUCAGAAAGACAAAAGCUGGGCCGCUGUCCUAUCUACCAUGAUGCAGAAUCCCCUCCUGGAGGCUGAUAGGGACGAGGUUGCGAGAUCCGACAAACUCAUUAAAGAAAGCUCGAGUGCUUUCAAGUUCGAUGGUUCUUCCGAUGCUGGCAUCGUCAAAGAGGUUCAUUCAUGGUUUGUCAACCUCAUCAGUGACAGUGAUGUGCUUGAGAGCACCCAGAUCAAGAUUGGUGACUUAGCGGAUAUUGUAUCCCAAACCGGAGCAACUGUCGACAGCUUCGAGUCAUUCUUCGGCAAGAAUGAGCAUCAUGAGCGGACUCUGAUCGAUAUUGGGGUACUCAGAUUCCCCGACAUUGAUCGGCCUUUCUUCAAGGUAGAACAUUGA